AUUCGAUGUCCUAGUCGCUAGUCCGAACACCGAACAUGUUUGUAUAUCAAGAUGGACAUGCAUUGCAAAUAUAUCCCAUGCUAUAAGACAUUUGCUCAAAUCCUCGAGCCUUAUUUUUUCACAUUUGUUUGAUUCACCUUGAAUUAAGCUACGCAGAUAGUAACAUCAGCACCGUCCUAGUCGAGCCGUAAUGUAUCCCGUUCCCCAUCCCGUUCCGUCGUAUUGGCUCAGCGAACCCCAUAAGCUACACGAUGUGCGGAGUACCCCAGAUCUGCCCCCGCGCACUGACGUUCUCAUAAUUGGGUCCGGUAUGGCUGGCAUUAUGACUGCGUACCACUUUCUAGAAGGCUCCUCGUCGCCAAACUCAGAGUCGCCAAGCGUCGUGUUGCUAGAAGCGCGCGAGCUGUGCUCCGGUGCGACAGCAAGAAAUGGGGGCCAUUGCAAGAUCAAAACGAACACCCUCGCCGGCCUCAUUGGGUCGCGCAAUCUUGAAGACAUCGACGAACUUCAGGCGUACGUAAUGGGCGUCAUGGAUGACAUCAAACAUAUCGUUGAGAAAGAAGAGUUGGAUUGCCAGUUGGAGCUCCGGCGGAGCUUCGAUGUGCAGACUGAUGCCGAAGAUUCUAAGCGAUUAAAGAAACUCUUUGAUGAUUCUCGCGCUAAGGGUGCUAGGUGGACGAAGGAUACGAGUUUUAUCGACGAACGUUACGCUGAGCAGAUAACUUCGAUCAAAGGUGCUACAUCAGCUUUCAGCGUGCCAGCGUGCUCAUUCUGGCCGUACAAGUUUGCCACCCUACUCGUCGAAAGGCUGCUUGAGCGAUACCCGGGAAAGCUCAAUGUCCAAACGAAUACGCUGGUCAAGUCGGUCAAGCAACAAGAAAAUGGCACUAAUCUGGUCACUACCGCACGUGGGGACAUCGCUGCUGCGAAGGUCGUCUUUGCGACGAACGCAUACACGGCGGGGCUUCUGCCGCAAUUCGAGAAUGUGAUCGUUCCGGUGCGUGGGAUGGCUACCCAUAUUGUUCCUUCCAAGCCCGUGCGUCCGCAUCUCACGCAAACCUACAAUAUCGACUUCGGUGCAGACAAAGGUGUCGAUUAUCUAAAUCCCCGUCCGGACGGCAGCAUUGUUGUUGGUGGUGGAGGAUGGCACUUCAAAUCCGAUUGCAAGUCUUGGUUCAACAAUUUCGAUGAUUCAGCUAGAUUCUCAGAUGAUGUCGAACAGCAUUGGAAAGGAUACAUGCAGCGCACCUUUCAUGGAUGGGACGAUAGUAACGCGGUUUCAGAUGCUACGUGGGUGGGCAUCAUGGGCAACACACCGGAUGGGUGGUCGCAUGUUGGCCGUGUGCCGGGCACUAAGAGCCAGUGGAUUCUGGCGGGGUUCAAUGGGGGUGGAAUGGCCUUGAUAUUCACAGCAGCAAAGGCAGUGGCGAAGAUGGUUCGUGAAGACUGUGACUUUGCGCAGGUGAGGAAGGAGUUCGGCAUUCCAGCCUUGUUUGGAACGAGUACGGAGCGGUUGGAGAAAGGCUUCGGGGAGUAGUGCUUCCAUUGCCCCAAACAUGACAGCUUUUACGCCGCUAGAAUCAGUCAAAAGAGAUCGUCCAUGCGCCCAAUCCCUUCGCACAGCCCUUCUAUCUAACCAUAUAACGUGUCGCCCAUAGCUCCCAGUUCGUAAUCUUCAUUCUGGCUUUUCCCGAUCUGAAUCCACUUCACCGCGGUCCUCAUUAAAGAUUCAACUCUCUCCAUUGGCUCCCGAAUUGGAGCCGUGGGAUUUCGCCGAAUAAACCAACAGAUCAUAUGCACGCCCGCAUGU